AUGGUGAGUUCUUCGCCUGAAUAUUCAAUAACAAAGCCGGGACUGCACCACCACCAGCGCAAGCGGGAGAAGCCGCUUCGCACCUACGGCAGACAAACCUCAACCCCUGAAGCACAAAGCGAACCGCCGUUAAAAAGGCAACGACUAUCUGCGCUCAAGCAGCAAGAGGAGAAACCAAUCUCACCAGCUGAUAGUUCAGAUGAUGUCCCCAAGCUCGAUGAUGCAGCGUCUCCAAAGAAGAGUUCCAUCCUGAGCUACUUCAAACCAGCUCCCCAGAAACCCAAAGACGAUCCGCCAUCCCAGUCACAAGGUUCACCAGCAGAAGAGCCAAUUGCCCCCCAAGAGUCACCAAAACGGAGACCCUCCAAAAGAAAACCUCGACUCCUCAAAAUCAAAGCUACCACCCACGAUACUCCUCACCAAUCCUCCCAAGAAUCAGAUUCACAUUCAAACCGCGAUUCUCUCCAAAAUACGAAUUCAUACUCAACAGAACCAACAUUAUCAAGCUCAACAUCCCCCUCCCCGCCCCCCGGGCAAAAGAAGCCCUUAUCAAAGACACGCCCUCCCUCCAUCCAGACUACCCUCAACAUCUCCGCGCAGGCUGCCUUCUCCGAGUGCAAGAUCUGCAACACCGUCUGGAACCCGCUGUACCCCGACGACGUAAAGUUUCAUAAUAAGACGCACAAGGCUGUGCUCAGGGCGCAGAAGCGCAAGGUGGACGAUUUAUGA